CGCGAACUGACAAUUGACAGAACAGACGCGGGCGAUGUCGAGCUUCGACCCGCGCUCACCAGGUUAUCAUGGUACAACGACGUAUUCGUCUAUCUCGAGUAACUCUGAUUCCGAUACCCACCGCGCAUCCACAGAGUCAUCCGCCUCCCCAGGCCUCCUCCGACGCGUUGCAUUCAGUCCUCCUCGCUCUGAAACCAGCUUCGAAGGUCACGGUUACGACGACAGUUUCGCAGAACGCGCUGAAGUCGAAGCAGUUCUCACCGAACUCGACCUUGACGCUGAGAUUAAUUCUACCCAGGAUGCUGUCUCCCAAUGGUCCUCUUCCCGGCCAUCCUACACGUCUUUUAGUACGUCUACUCCCUACAGUGGUACAGGGUCCUACACUGGCACUUCCGCUUCGUACUCCGCGGACACUGCAACAGCAACAGGAACUUAUUUCACACGUGACCCUCGCGUCCUGAGUACCAUCUCAGAACGCACAGAGCACCCCAGCCGACCAACUUCCUUUGCCCAGAACCGUCUUUCUGCACACCGCCUAAGCACAAUUUCCAGUCCGCACGUUCGAUCAGCUAUUGACCCUCCUGCAAAUGCGAACAGACUCAGCACGCACUCUCAAGGGCACACACGCGGUGCCACAGAUAUUCCCACAACUAGCCGUCGCACGGGCGACCUUAUUGCAUUCUUCGAGGACCGCGCAGGUACCCCCGGAAAAGAAAAGGAGAGAAUCACAAGCCCAUUUUUACCUACAACCCAGAGUACGCCUCAUUUAGGGAGUACCACGGGGUACACCUCAACUGGAUACGGCUAUACUACGGGAUUCACUUCGACUGGGUACGGAUAUACCACAGGAACAGGUGGCUAUACCACAUCCCACCUAUCCUCUGCCGCUAAAAGCAGAUCCGAUGAUUCGCGUUCCACCGUCUCGACUUCUUCAGGUGGAGGUGGGACUGAUCUGAGCUUGUCGACUUUGUUAAGUCCACCAGUGCGCGGGUUUAGCACCCCAACCGGGACGUAUAGUGGCAGUGGGACAGCAACAGCGACAGGGAGGACACAGCUAAGCCCGAGCGAUUUUGCAAGUACGUUUUCAAGUGCAUUCGGGGUUGCUAGAGGUCCGUGUGUCAUCACCCCUUCUGCCUUUACCUUUACUCCUUUACUACGUGUUGACACUUUUCUCGAUCCAGGUAGACAAGACGAUACUACACCCACACGCCAGCCUCAGACCACCCUCCGUCGCAGCACCGUUCCUCUGAACGACACUAACACGAGUCCCAGGAGCCCGUUAACGAGCGUACGAAACAUCGUAGCUGCGUGGAAGGAACGCACACCAGGGCUAGGGAAAGUGAAAAGUGAGAGCAGCGAAGGCGGGAGCGAGCUAUCUCCGCCUGGUGCAUCAAAGAUGGAGGGUUUGUUCUCUCUUCGUAGACGCGCAUCGCGUCAUGGGCCGCGGGGACAGCCGCCGGUGACGCCUGAUAGGAAUGGUGGGAAGGGUAAUGCAGGAGGCAGCAACAGAAACAGGGAAAACGAAGGAAUCACUAGCAGUGGGAACAAUCUCAUGAAGAGGAGAGUGAGCUCCACGAGUAGCCUCAUACCCCCGCCUUUUGAUAUGACAGAUCUGGGGGGGAAAGAAAACCGGGAGGUGUGCCUCAUUCUAUUUUUGGUUUCAAGUUCACAUCUGAC